AUGGCACCGGUACCCUCAGCCAUUCUCCACGCUCUAUCACUACCAACCGACCCAUCAAAAGUCAGCCUCUCCACCUCCAACCUGGGUUCCGGGUUCACAAGCACAGGAACUAUCCGUGCCAAAAUAGCAACGGAAAAUGGCGAAGAAGAGCGCCGAUACUUUGUCAAAAUCUCUAGCAAUGGACAAGCUGCAGCAGAAAUGUUUCAGGGAGAGUACGAGUCCCUAAACGCGAUCGCAGAUGUUGUUCCAGGAUUCUGUCCUCAUGCUUUAGCAUGGGGGCCUCUAGAGGGAGAAGAAACUGAUCGAAGACGAUUCGGAUUUCCCGUUCCAACCUUUUGUGGGGAUACGAAGCAGCCAAAUAGGUUUUGUGAUAGCUGGGCGGAGUUUUAUGCUCAUGAGAGAUUACUUACUAUCCUCGCCACAUCGGAGCAUCGCAAUGGCUCAGACGCGGAUUUACGAGAGCUCGUUGAAAAGAUUGCUUAUGGUGUUGUCCCAAGAUUACUGAGAGAUGGUCAUCUGGGAUAUAAUUCACAUGGUGAAGGAGAAAGUAUUGCGCCUGUUGUGGUGCAUGGAGAUCUAUGGAGUGGGAAUGCGGAUCGAGGCCGUAUUGUGGACUCUGGGAGGGAUGAUCCCGUGGGUGAUGUGGUUUAUGACCCUUCAGCAUGCUAUGGUCAUAGUGAGUUUGAGUUGGGGCUCAUGCAUAUGUUCGUCCAGCGCGUAUGGCUCGCCCUUGAGGAGAAGGAGAUACCAUAUGAGUAUAUUGAAGUCAAUCCCUACAACAAGCCAGACCAUCUCCUCUCUGCAAAUCCUCGGGGUCUUGUUCCAACGCUUUUAUGUCCCUCGCAAAAUGGUCCCAAGGCCCUGUACGAGUCUACUGUGGUCUUAGAGUACCUCGAGGAUGCAUACCCCGAUAAUCAACCGAAACUCCUCCCAAGCGACCCGUAUGAGAAAGCCCGAGCACGCAUUUGGAUACAAUAUGUUACAGCAAAGAUUAUUCCAUCAUUUCACCGUUUUCUGCAGUACCAACCUACAGGACAUGCGGAUGAUGCGGAUAUCAAUGCCGGGUUGGAUAAGGCUCGGCGUGAGUUUUUGGACAUCUUAAAGACUUGGACAAAAGAGAUGCAUUCCGAGGGUCCAUUCUUUCUUGGUUCUGAGAUUGGAAUGCCAGACCUUGUUUUGGCACCCUGGGCUAUAAGACUUUGGGCGUUUGAUAAAUUCAAAUGUGGAUUGCGUAUUCCGACUGAGGGAAACGGAGGUCCGGAUGAAGAAGUUUGGAAUCGGUGGAGAAAGUGGACGGCUGCUAUUGAGUCACGAAAGAGUGUGAGGAAGACAACAAGUGAGCGGGAGCGUUAUUUCCCAAUCUAUAAGCGCUAUGCAAACAACACAGCUCAAAGUGAGUUGGCGAAGGCAACCAGGGCGGGCCGGGGUGUCCCAUGA